AUGGCUGUUGAAUUUGAGAAAAAAGAGCUUUACGGAGGUGCAAUUGUCACGAAGGUCCCCGUUGGAUUGAUCGAUGCCUCUGAUUUGAGACAGAUCCCAGAUACUCAGGAAGUUUUCUUGAAUCCAAGUGAAAACACUAGAGAUUAUACACAAUUGAAUAAAGAUGACUCCAUAAUAGUGGAUCUCAUGGAGAGAAUAGAUGGUGAUGACACAGAGGCUAUAAGAGAGCAUUUCAGUGAGAUUUCAGCAUUGAAUGAUACUUCUAAUAGCUGGAAAUUGGUUUCAAUUGAUGAUGCACCAAAUAAGUUAAAUUCAAAAGCAUAUAUAGGAACAGGUGUGGAACCAGCGUUGAAAUGGGGUAGAGAUGAAUCGAAAGGGUUGGAUUAUAAGCCAACGUUGGUUGUUGUCCUUGGUAUUAUACGAUUAAAGAAAGUUGAUACAGAUGUGCUAGUGACACAAAAUGUGUUGAUUUCAGAUGAGGAUGAAUUAAAAGAUUUAGAGAAAUUACAAGGUGCUGAAUCGUCUGAAAGUGAAGAGAACAGGGCAGCAAAGAGAAUAUCAUUGGCUAAAACAGUUGUGAAGGAAGCUAUAUCGAACUUGACUGUGGAGGAUUGGAAUUUAUUUGGAUGA